GGCGGAAUGCGGGGCGACGCGAACGCAGCUCCGCGGCCGCGCGGACAACAGGCAGUCCAGGCGCGUCCAGCGGAUUGAGCUAGAACUAGAAAGUCGUCCGAGCCUGUCCUCUGGCCUCAUCGAGCUAGCAGCGGUAAAGUUAGGUCACCCGUUGGUCUUGAAAUACGUAUUAAAGAAAUAUCCCCACCUGGGACAGGAACUUGCAAUGAUGAGCCCUGCACCGCUCGAGAGGACAAUACUUGAUGCUCUUAUACGUGACAAGAAUCUGGCGCUGGCGCUCCUGGCUCAACGCGAUGUGCCACUGCUCGAGGCGCUCUCCUACCUGCCGUUCCAUGCUUUCACCCGCGUUUCCACCCCGGCGGCGGGAGCCGCCGACCCGAGCCUCCUGUUGCGGGCCAGGCCACCGAUGCACAGACUGGAGUUCAUCUUACAAUGGAACCCUGACCCUUGGUACCCUGUUAGAAUUGAUGAUGGCUUCUCAGUCUCGCUCAGUGCGAAGAGUUGUAGCAGUCAGUUGACGGUGAAUUGCUCACGUGAGACUGCGUCAAGCAUCAUUAAGUUGCUCGUUGGGUCGAGGCUUGCCGAGCUGAAGCACCUGGUUGUAGAAGCGUAUGUAAUGCUGGACAAACUGGGCGGGCUUAUCGACUGCUUGAAAGAUGCCCGCAACUUAGAGACCCUCCGCGUCAGGUUCUUGUGGCACGGGGGCAAGGGCCCGGGGACCGACGUGAACUGGCGAGUUCAGGAGGUUCGGCUACCCAGACUGCACAGCGUAUAUCUUGAAUUUACUGGUAAGGGCGACGGCGUGCCCACCGAGGCCCUCCACUCACUGCUGCUGGCGCACAGCGGACAGCUGCGCUCCGUUAGACUGCAGGGACCACUCGUCGCGCUCUUGGACGCCUGCCGCAGCGACCUCCAGCACCUGGAGUUGUGGGACGUGCAACGCGACCCGGGCGUGGUUGGAAGGCUGCGUCGCAUGCAGGGGCUCGAGCACCUGAGCAUCGUCAUCGGCUGCGACGGGUUGCAAGAUGAUCGACAUGCAGCCCCACCCCGUCAGGUGCGAGCGGAGCUGGUGGACGUGCUGUCGACCUGGGCGGGUCCGCUCCAGCGCCUCGAGCUCGUCGGGUUCGGCGUCGAGGGGCUGCUGGCCCUGGGAGGGGGCUCGCUGGCUGGCCUCGAGCACCUCGUCGUGGUCCAGUACAUGUUCAGCCCCUUGGGCGAGGCCCUGCUCGAGCACGUCGGGACGGUCGGGACGGCCCUCGUGCGACUGCCGCGCCUGCGCUCGCUGGCCUUCCGUGGCUUGCGCGCCGCGGAGAUGCCCGAGGUGCUCCGCGCCAUCCACGCCGCCGGCCCCGCCGCCAUCCCCGCCCUGGAGCUGCUCAUCCUCGACUACGACUGCAACCUCAUCGACAUCCUCUGCAGGCGCAACGCCGGACUUACAGACUGCGAGGACGGCGGCGUCACGCCGCUGGUGCCGCUGGCCGAGGACCUGGUGCGCCGCUCGCCCUCCGCGACGCUGCACGUGGCGUUCCUGCGGGACUUGGAGCAGUCUCCCAUCUUCUUGAGGCACUCCGUGUCCGCGACGGGCUGUCCGUCGUGCGCCGCCGCCGACGCCUUCGUCGCGGCCCACAAUCGCGGCCGAGUUUGCGGCACACAUCACUGGCGAAAAGUUCGAGUGUCGUAGUGGAAACAGGAAAUAAAGUCAGAUAAACCUGCUCCAG